GAUAAGCGACUGCCGAACUCGGCGGAAAUGUUCCUCCAAAUCCGAAUUGUUGUUGCGCAGAAGCUAAUUUUAAAUUAACAUACAAAUAAUCCUCAAGGUAACGGCGGCGCGUCGCCCUCACACGUGCAAAUAUAUAUAUAUAUAUACCUAUAUCAUCGAUAGAGACAAAACCAGAAUUGCCAGUAUGGUAAAACUGGAAUGUCAUCUCUAAAAUACAUAUAUAUAUUCUGACACUCGUCUAGCUUGUAACUUAUUUCCGCGAGUGUUAAUCUAUACCUAUAUGACGCUUAUAACUAUGCUAUCUGAAAUUCGAGCAAUAUGAAUGAUUGCAUCCGGAAAGUUUACGAUCUAAUUGAGACGAUCUUCUUAGUUUCGAAUCCAUUGUUAUACGCGCUUUAUCGUCUGGUUAUUUAUUCGUUCGCUCGGGUUUCGGUAAACACGUCACGAUCGGUGUGUAUACGAUUGUUUUAAAUUGCCGCCGACCCGUCGAGUUGCGCGUGAUACAAUUGCAGCAGUAUUGAAAAAAAAAAAAUCACGAAAAAACUGGAGCAACACAUUUUUCAUUCUAUAAAGUAUCUUUCGACAACAAAAUAAAAAUAUUUAUCUACGAACAAAUUUGCGUUAUUUAUCAAACUUGAAUGCAAAUUCGAACCGAAUAAGCCAAAAAAGAAAACUGCUUUACCAACGCGUGGUACAUACCCUAACCAAUACCUCACUCCUCAGCACCGCCAGAUAUCGCUGUCAGUCCCUAUCCCGGCCAGGCAAUAGCCAAUAGCCAUCUGUUUGUGCUCCGUCUGCGCGACUGGUCUCUGAGUCGUUCUCGCGUGCGAGAGUCCGAGUCUCGCACGUCGUGUGUCUGCCGCCAGUCCCGUUUAGUUUAUCAGCCUUAGCGUUUAGUUAACCAGCUCUGCUUCCUUCCGCUCCGGAUUACCUGUUAACCCGCUCGAUAAACCCACGCACUUCACACGCGAGGCUCAGAAGGAGGAGGACACACUUUUAGACAGAGUAAACAAUAAAUGGAGAAAGGACAGAUGUCGUCGAGCGGCCCAAGCGGAGCAACGGCACCGGAGGCCACGGCGCCGUUGCCUUCGGCCCCACCAUCGUACGAGGAGGCUGUCGGCUUACCGCUCGGCGGUAUAUCGAUGCCCAUGCCUGGAAUGACGGGAAUGGCACCGGUGCCUGCUGGAGUUCCUGGAGCACCGCCUUAUCCGGUUAUGGGUACACCGAUGCCCAUGCCUACACCACAUGGAGUGCCGACCGCCGCGCAAAUACCGGCGCACACGACGAAUCGCCCGGUGGAAGUGCGAGUCGUUCACCAGCACGUCUCUCUGGGCCCGAAUCCUGUCAAGAUGUCCUGUCCAUCCUGUCACGCCGAUAUCAAGACUACGACCAUGUCAGAUCAUCAGCCCAGCGCCCACGUGUGCUGCAUCAUUCUCUGUUUGUUGGGGUGCUGCCUCUGCUCGUGUCUGCCGUACUGUCUGAGCGCGUUCUUGAGUGUGCACCACUUCUGUCCGAACUGCAAGGCGUACAUCGGCACGUGGAAAGGCUGAUUGAUCAAACCGAGCAUCUGGAUUUAAGCGCGCAACGAUGCGCGUCACUGGCCAAACUCUAUUCUCUACGCCUAACGAGUACAUAGUGCGUACGAAGAAUACGCGCGCUUCUUGGACAGUCGAAAGAAUCCCGUGGGGGAGGCGAGAUCGAGCUUCAGCCGAGACCGGCUAAGGUCGAGGCAUAACUCAUUCCUACCGUGCACUUCCUGAUAUAUACCUUGUCUUCUACCUUAUUGUACCUCACGUUACCCAUAAGCUCUUAUCCUCGUUACCUGCGUCUAGAUCUAUCUAUACUGCAAACCUUGACUAUACGCGCGAGCAAUUCUAAGGGAAGAAACGAACAAAUUUUCUAUUUUCUUAUAUGUGUGCGUGAACAUCGAAUCGCUGCUGAAAUCUAUAUAGGGGAACGACGCGAGUAUCUUAUCAGUAUUUUUUUAUUCGUGAAGGGCAGCUAAAACUCGGGGACGAAUUUUAUAUAUAUAUAUGCAGCUCGAUAUUUAAGAGAAUGCCUAGUUGCCAAGUGACGUGUAUAGAUGUCGUUGCGAAAUCGCGCGCGCGUGUAAAGCUGUCGAAAAAUUAUCUCUGUGUCUCUGUGUAAUUGCUUUUACGAGGCGAGCGUCCUUCGGCUAAGCGCAUUUUUAAGUAAAUUUGCAGUGCUCGCCGCUUCGAGAGUAUAUACAUAUAUAGAGCAAAAUACAAGCGCAAAGAUACUGUCACUUUGAAAAUAGCAUAUCUAGUCCGUUUAUGUGAGAUCUGCCAGCAAAGUUUAAUAACUUUUUGAGAAUUUAAAUAUAUCAAUAUAUGUUUAAGGCAUAAACAUUUAGAGAUUAAAGUGCAAAUUUAGGUUUACGCGUAAUUUUUUCAUAAAGGAUGAUUGCAAGCCUGUUCGUGUGGACUCGUUGAGCGAAUAGGCCGCACAGAUAGUCUGUGCCUUUUCUCGUCUUCUGUUCAUAUACGCUUCACUUUGAGCGAUCGCGGAAAGGUAAACAUAAUGAUUAGUAAAAUUCAAUUUGUUGCAUUUUAAUAUGCAUUCUUUUAUUGUAUAAUUAACAGAUUUCAUAUUUUUUUGUAAUAAAAAUGCUUUUUGUUUACAAUCGUGAUGAUUAAACUUUUAUCCAAUGGUUAAAGUUUUGGUAUACAUACAUGGUUGGGCAUGAAUGAAUCAACGAGGGAGUUAUCAGCCCUAGUAAACCUAAGAUUAGGUUGCAUUCGAUUGGGUUACUUUAAAUUAAUUUAUCGUCGCAAUGCACGAAGAAAAUCAAGAGCCGCACACUUGUCAUGUGCAUUGGAACGAUAUCUCAACGUCUACUUUUUUUCAGAGUUACCUUUACGUUACUUUUUAUAUUUUUUAUUCAAUAGUUUUGCGAUAAUUUUAUAUGAUAAGAAUAUUGAUUUACAGAUUACUGUCAAAGUUUUAUUUACGUUUAAAAAAUUAUAAAACUGCAGUAUCGCAUAUUUUAGUUGAGUAUAUAAUUAUAUGAAAUAAACGUAAUAAUUUGUUAAAAACUGUUGUUCAUUACCGCUUUCACUCUAACUUUAGUUUAUUCAAUUCUAAUGCAAACCCAUAAUCCUGCUUUACUUUUUUUUUUGAUACUUCAAUUGAUUAUUCCGAUGGACAAUACAUAUUCCCGUAACGAUUACCGAUAAAAUAAUCAAGUUGCUAGUUCGAACGUACAGUACUACUUCGCAAACAGAUAUUUAUAAUAAAAUCUCUGAGAAACAUCGUUAUACUCAUAUAACAGCAUUAAAAUUUAUGCCCACUUCGCAACUUACAUUCCGCUCAGGAUAUUUGCAUACCGUACACAGUCUCAUUUAAAAUUUGGCACGUUCGAUAAAAUGUCAAUUGAAACACUUGUUUUUUUUUUUUUUAUUUCCAGAGCAAUGAACCGCUUCAAUACCGUGUGCAAAUAAUCCAAAGAGGAAAAAAUUCAUCAACCGUGGUUACACAUU